AUAGUAGCAGCUGAUCCGCCGAGCUGCAAAGGUUAACGCAUCUCUCAUCGUUAGCACCUCCUCUCUCUCCACAACUGUUUGUUUGAGACGAAAGUGAUAAAACAAAAUAGAAUCAGAACAGUUUAUUUCACGGGGUUUUAGGCGCCUAACCUCUGCAGAACGACAACCAAAGCCUAAAUUAAUAUUCAAACAAGUUGUUUAGUUUUUCAUCGCCCAUGGAAAAUUGAAUUUUCCAGUUUUUUUUUUCAAACAGUGCAAAUACAAACAGUGAAAGGCGAUACAGACUGGUGGUAUCUUGACGGCGUCCUGGCACGACAGAUUUCUACGAGGCUGUGGACAACAUGGAUUUGAACCAUGGUAAACUGAACUAGCGCCACCGGGGGAAAAAAUAAAGCCGAGAAAUUGGAAAGCAGAAUGACUUUUUUACCGAGUCGAACGCCCCGCAAGGGCACCGUACUAUGUUUUAUCGCACUGGUUUUCCUGUUUGCACUUUAUCAGCUGGGAAUCAUAUGCGGAAGUGGAAAGGAUCAAGGAACAACAAUGAUGGUCGCCAGAGAAAAAUAUGUCCUUGGAGCCACUGACAAGAAAAACUAUCCGUAUGAUAGGAAUAUGCCAUUGAUCUUCAUUGGUGGUGUACCGAGAUCAGGAACUACCCUCAUGCGAGCCAUGCUCGAUGCUCAUCCUGAAGUCAGAUGCGGCCAAGAAACGAGAAUCAUACCUAGAAUUCUUCAGAUGCGCCAGCACUGGUUGAAAUCAGAGCGGGAGAAUAUCCGUCUCACGGAAGCAGGAAUUUCGAAAGAUGUAAUGGAUAGUGCAGUUGCAGCAUUUUGUUUGGAAGUUAUUGCGAGACACGGCGAGCCAGCCCCCCGAUUGUGCAAUAAAGAUCCCUUGACGCUCAAAAUGGGUUCUUAUAUGCUGGAUUUAUUUCCUAAUGCGAAAUUUCUUUUUAUGGUGAGGGACGGCCGAGCUACCGUGCACUCGAUAAUAUCAAGAAAGGUGACCAUAACGGGCUUCGAUUUGACGUCCUACCGGCAGUGUCUAAUAAAAUGGGAUCAUGCCAUUGCCCAGAUGCACUCGCAGUGCAAGGAAGUUGGUCCGGAUAGAUGUCUCAUGGUACCAUACGAACAAUUAGUAUUGCAUCCACGUGUCUGGCUGAAGAAGAUUCUCAAUUUCUUGGACUUAUCUUGGAGCGAGUCGGUUCUCCACCACGAGGAAUACAUAAAUAAGCCCGGGGGUGUCCCUCUCAGCAAGGUCGAGAGAUCUUCGGAUCAAGUAAUAAAACCAAUAAAUUUGGAAGCCCUCACCAAGUGGGUUGGCAAUAUUCCGGAGGACGCCGUAAGGGAUAUGGCCGACAUAGCGCCGAUGCUUUCAGUAUUGGGAUACGACCCUUACGCAAAUCCACCGGAAUACGGAACACCUGACAGUGUAGUCAGUGAUAAUACAAGGAGUUAUGAAAAGCAAAACCAUUGAUGGGCAGCGAAAUUUCGUAUCUGAGUCGAGUAUUGGCUGAUGGUCACAAAUGGACUGAAAAAGCUCGUGAAUUAGCAUUACAAUACAAUCAUCCACAUGUUGCCAUUGAGGAUGAGACACCAACACCUGCUGAUGCGUGACCCCACAUGAAUCUCCCCUUAGGAAUAAAAAAAUUUUAAUCUCCAAAUGAACUUAAAAAUGGGAAUAAAAUGACUUCGAGAAAACCAAACUAACUCGAGCAAGAAAAUUCCAAGAUAAUGACAAUUUUUAACUUGCAUAAUUUUUCUAUUGAUGUUAUAUCGUAUUUAAUCAUUUACGAAAUGAUGAUCUGAUGAAAAAUAUAAUUUUAUUUAUUAUAAAUUUAAUAAAUAGAUGCCAAGGCCAGUUUAUGAGAUGGAAAAUGAUCUGAUUUGUCAUGGGCGCACAAAUUUUCUUUUAAUGUACUUAGUCUUCAUUUUUUCAUUGUUUUAUGGAAAAAAAUGACAAAUCGUAGAUAAAAAUUAAUGUUUGUUGCCAUAUUUCUAAGUAUGUACUUUUCACCUUCUCAUUAGGCCAGACAGAAAAAAAUCCAUUUUUUUGUACAUAUAAUUAUAAAUGAUAAUUCAGUGGAAAUACAUUUAACAGGUGGAAUAAUGUAAGCCAAUGUGUAACAGAGUUUAUCUUUAAUAUUAUUUCCGUUUUUGCUUGAUGGCAAAGCAUGGAGAAGCAUUCAAUCGAGUUUGAUGUGAGAUUCAAGUGUUAAACGUGUAUAUCAAUUGUAUGAAAGUAAAUAAAUUAUUUUAAUAUGAAAA